CGGUGCGCGGGCAGUGCGCGGCAGCGGGGAUGGGCGGCGCGGUGCCGGUGCCGGUGCCGGUACCAGUGCCGGCGUUGCUGCUGGCGGUGCUGGCGGCGGGGCGGUGCGCGGCGCAGUACGAGCAGUACAGCGUGCGCGGGUUCCCCGCGGCCGCGCUGGAGCCGCUGCAGAGCGCCUACGAGCGGGCGCUGGAGCAGUACGCGGACGCGCAAUGGGCGGAGAGCGCUCAGGGGCUGGAGGCCAGCCUGCGGCUGCACAGGCUGCUGCGGGACAGCGAGGCGCAUUGCCACCGCCGCUGCGCCGGGGAGCAGCCCCCCGCGGGGGAGGGUCCCGCCGAGCAGCCCCGCGGGGAGCGGGACCCCGCGUGGGAGUGGGAGCGGGAGAUGCGGCUCUUCGGGCGGCUGCUGCUCCGCGCCGGCUGCCUGCGCGCCUGCAAGCGGGAGCUGCCCGUGUUCCAGCUGCGCUACCCGCCGGCGCAGACACUGCGCGACUUCCAGCGCCGCCAGCCCUACCAGUACCUGCACUACGCGCUCUUCAAGUCAAAUAAGAUCGAGAAAGCCGUGUCUGCUGCCCACACCUUCCUGCAGAAAAACCCCAAGCAUGAGAUGACCUUGAGGUACCUGAACUACUACAGGACGAUGCUGGAUGUGGAUGAAUACCUGGUCGACCUGGAAGCUCAGCCCUUUGAGGUAAGGAGAGGAUGGGGCUGGGGCAGGAGAGGGGUUCCCCAGGGCUUGAAGCCCACCUGGGCUCCCAAAGCCCGAGGGCAGCAGCUGUCCCUCACUAAGCAGCGGUCCUCGCAGCCGAUAUUCGUGCGGUCAGUGAAGCUGUACAACAGCGGCGAUUUCCGGAGCAGCGCAGCCGACAUGGAGCAGGCGCUGGCCGAGUACUACAAGGCCUACGAGGAUUGUCUGGCCGGCUGCGAGGGCGCCUACGAGCUCCAGGAGUUCAAGGACUUCUACCCUGCCAUCGCAGACCACUUUGUGAGCGUGCUGCAAUGCAAGGUGGACUGCGAGACCGAGCUCACCCCCAACGUGGGCGGCUACUUCAUGGAGAAAUUCGUGGCCACCAUGUACCACUACCUGCAGUUCGCUUACUACAAGCUGAACGACGUGCAGGACGCGGUGCGCAGCGUCUCCAGCUACAUGCUCUUCGACCCGGGCGACACCGUGAUGCAGCAGAACCUGGUCUAUUACCGCUUCCACCGCGAGCGCUGGCGCCUGCGCGAGGAGGACUUCGAGCCACGGCCGGAAGCCGUGAGGUACCACAACCAGACGGCCGCUCAGAAGAAGAUGCUGGAGUUCGCCCGGCAGUACCUGCAGGAUGAUGAUGACGAGAUGGAGGUGGAUGGUGGUGAGGGGCUGCAGGAGCAGGACCUGCCCUCCGAUGGCGAGUUCGAGGGUGAAGGUGACUACGAGGAAGGCUUCUUCUCAGAGUGGUGGCAGGAACCCAAGACCAAAGGAGACAAAGACGACCAAGAGAUCCUAUGAUGAGCCACGUGAAGGGGGAGCCAGCACCAGCUGAGCUGGAUGGUGGUGGCUCUGUGAUGCCAUCUUGGGGACAUCGGGCUUCGGGCUCCUCCCAGCCACCGGUAGAAACUCAGACUCACGGGGAGGGGCCAAUCCUGCCUGGCAUCCUGCAGCAGGGCUGCCUUUGCCACCUGGAUGUCUGCUGGCACAGCCCAAUUCCCAUCAGUGGAACACCAGCAGCCCUGAACAUUCCUGCUUGCCCAGGAGCCCGGGCCACCCCUGUCCCCAGUGCCCCCAGCAGUGAUGCCCCACAGCACCGGGGUUUUCUGUGUCCCUCAGCUGCUCCCCAGGAUCUGUGGAUGAUGCACCAGGAUCGACCUCUGUCUUGUCUUGAGGGGCUUAGGGCAAAGUAGGGAGCAAUGCCCAAGGCUGCUGGAGCUGGUCCUGCCCCUUCCUGAGGCUCCCUGAGGCUCCUGCUCCUGUUCUGCCAGCUCCCAUAGCCCAGUUCCCCUUGGACUCCCCAGCCUGGUGCUACAGGGGCUCCUGGUGUGCCAUGUCCCCAUGUCACCACGGGGCUGCAGCCUGGUGAGGCUGUGGCACCUGUGCUCUGCCCGUGCCUUGAAAUUUUGCCACACCAGCCCUCUCUAGCCUUAAGCUCCAUUAAUUUAAGAUUUCCCUUCUUGCACAGUUGCUCUUUUUAUGUAUUUACUGGUGCUGAACUUUUAAUAAAAUCCAGACUGGUCUUUUCA